AUGGAGUUAAAUUUUAUAACAACCCUUAUAAAGCACGAUGUGAACCACAAUGUGAAACAGUGUUUCAAAACGAAAAAGCCAUUUAUUACUAGAAAAGAGGAAGUAAUGGCAAUCAAAAGUAAAUUCCCAACUAAAAUACCGUUAAUAGUGGAAAGAUACUACAAAGAAAGGAAUCUACCAACGUUGGACAAAACUAAGUUCCUGGUCCCAGAAGAUAUUACGAUGUCGCAAUUCCUAGUGAUUAUUCGAAACAGGGUUAAAAUAAAGCCAAAUCAAGCCCUGUACUUGAUAAUCAACAACAAAUCGAUGUUAAGUAUGAGCUUGACUAUGGCACAAGCUUACGAGCAGUAUGGCGAUGAAGAUGGUUUCCUAUACAUAACCUACGCAUCGCAAGAAGUUUUUGGUUACCAAGACGAUAUGACGGAGCCAAGCAAGGAAGUCCAAGUGAUCAGGGACAGAUUUCCAAACAAAAUUCCGCUGUACGUGGAAAGAUUCGCAAAUGAAAAGGAUGUCCCAGUACUAGGCAGGAAUAAAUUCUUAGUACCGCAAGAGCUUACGAUGUCACAGUUUCUGUAUAUCAUUCGCACUAAGAUGAAGUUAAGAGACUCCCAGGCCUUGUAUCUGCUGAUCAACGAAAAAGUGAUUGUGAGCCACAGUAUGACGAUGGCUCAAGCAUACGACCAAUUCCAAAGUCCAGACGGGUUCUUGCACAUAACUUACGCCGCACAACAAGUCUUCGGUUAACAACACAUACGGUACAAUUUCUGGUCAAUAAAAGUAUAUGAAAAUCUGGCAUUUAAUGAAAUGAAUCUAUUUUAAAGACUGAUAGUAUUUUAUUUUUGUGAUACAUCUAGUUUAUUGUAGUAGUAGUAACAGUUUUUAUAAUAUUUUCCUAUUAUUGUAAUGAUGUAAGGCCGGUAAUUCAUAUAUUAUGUCUUAAUAAAAGAAGUAAUUAUUUUAAUUUUAUGAUCUGAUUAUCUGUUUAUUUUUAGUGUUUCAUUUAAAUUAAUAAUGAUAUUUAAUGAAAACCAUUACAUGAUUAUUAUAUGUAUAAAAUAUCAGGAAUAUUUAUGAUCUCAAGAUAUUAUAGAAAUUUGGCCGCUUGCCAUAUGUUAGAUUUAUGAGUGGAAAUAUUAUUUUGUAUAUAAUAAUAUUUGUAAUAAAGAGUUUUAUAUAAAAUUCAUAAAAUAUACCUA